UAGAAAACCAAAUCGCUGCUAUUUUUCUAUAGAAAUUGAGAUCAAAAGAAGAGUAUUGAAGCAAAUGGGGGAAGCGUUAGUUCAUCUUGAACAAGUCUUGAGAUCGCAGGAUAAUUUGACAUCUGAAGAAGUAAAUGUACUUCUGACAUGUAAAUCUAAGGCUAUCAGAGAAUUUACUAGUGGAGCUCUUAUUGGAGGCUCUGUUGCAUUAGCAGCAGCAACAUGGAAGCUAAGUAACUUUGCUCGAGCCUAUCUUUCAGUAGGAGCUGCUGCUAUCGCUGGGAUGCGGGGAUUUAACAGGUCCCUGAAUUCUUGUGUUGAUCAUAUUCUUGAUCUGGAUGGAAGUAGGAUCCAGAGGGAGCUAGCAAACAUUAUUGUGAAUAAACACCAGGAUGAUCCUUGGACCAUGCGGCGUCUGAAUAGGCACUUCUAUCAAGAGAGAGUUUUUGAUGACUCAAGCUCGGAUAAACCAAUAAUAAGAUGGCGUUAUCGAAACUUCUUCGGGGAAAAUGUUGGUCAUGCUCAAAGUGAAAACGAUGGUGACUCUAUGGGCGAUCCACAUGUCUCCGGCAAUGACUCUGACAGCAGAAAGGCACCUGCAGAAUCCAAGCAAGUUCGUAUGAAUCAUGAUGCUGAUGUGAUGGAAGACCCCCUAGAUAGUAUUUUCGGUCGUAUGGCUGCAGUGGAGGAGAUAAAGCACCGAAGCUCCUCAAGCACACCUGCCAAAGCAAAUACUCGUAGUCACAACAGAAGAGCUCACCGCAGGCGUCGGCUGCACCAUCAUGAAUCUUUAGGCUUGAAAUAUGCACAACCAGAACUAACUUGAUGAAUAUUUUGGAAAAAACACUAAGGAAGAAUUGCAGCAAAUGCCAAAGGGUAACUUGUGUUUAUUGCAGUGAUAAUCUUCCUAUUGGCAAACUUAAUUAUCUGGCGAACUACUUACUUUUGUCUACACUUUUCCGGUAAAGUAUAAUCUGGAACUUUGUUGGCCUCUUUGGUAGAAUCAGUUGGGGGGUCGCGGUCGUUUGUCCUGUAGGGAUGUCACCUAUUCGAGUCCGCUUAUCUCCAAUAAAUUAUCGACAUGAUAAUAUAUGUAUGACGAACGCAAGGAAAAUUCAAGUUUCCUGUGUUCAUAGUCAUAGUAGAUAUGCCGGUGAAACAGUGAACUUACAAAUUCCGGCAUGGGUCUUGAUUGUAAUAUUUAGUGCUGAAGUGGGUGAUUUAAUUUUGUUAGACUA